AUGGAUUUGUCUGAAUUGGUCGACUUAUAUUCGACAAGUGGCAAUAGUAAUAAUAAUAAUAAUACCAAUAAUAAUAGCGAUACUGUUAAUAAUAAAAACAAUAAUAAUAAAAACAAAGGGCUAAACAAUAAAGGAAAAAAAUUGAAUAAUAAAAGAAAUAAUAGCAAUUACAAAAAUAACAAUAAUAAUAAUAAUAGCAGCGAUAGUAAUGCUCCAACAAGUAAUGCAAACAAUAAUGAAAAUAUAAACAAUACAGAAAAUUCCAAUUUCAAUGAUGGAUCCUCUGUAAAUAACAAUAAUAAUAAUAAUUAUAAUAAUUAUAAUAAUAAUAAUAAAAAUAAAAAAAACAAAAGAAGAGAUGACGAUGAUGAUGAGGAUAAAGAAGAAAUGAGAAGAAUAAAAAUGUUUAACCAAAGAUUAAAAGAAAUUAAAAUUCAAGAAUCUCCAGAGGAUAUUGCACGUUAUUUAGAAGAGAGAAGAAAAAGGUAUCCAUCAAGAGAAAAUAUUGAAGCAAAGAAGAAAGAAGAGGAAGAAGCUAAAAAAAGAGGUGAAAUUUUACAAAAAGAAAAGAAUAAGCAAAAUAAUAAAAAAAAACCAAAGAAAAGAAAAGAAAACCCAUCAACAGAGACUGAAACUGUAACAAAAAUCAAUACACCUGAUGAAGAUAGUAAUAAAGACACAAUAAAUGAUGACAAUAAAGUGAUAAACGACGAAACACAAGUUAAAAAACAAAAAAUUGUAAAUAAUAUUGAUAGCAAUGAAAACAUUAAUAGCAAUAGUAAUAAUAAUAAUAAUAAUAUAAAUAGUAAUAAUAAUAAUGAUAAUAACAAUAGUGAUAAUAAUAAUAAUGAUAAUAAUGAUAAUAAUAUGGAUACUAUAGAUAAUAUAGAUAAUAACAACAAUACCGGAGUCGUUGAGGAAGCACCAUCAACACUUGAAUUUAAUAAACAACCCGAAAUUGUUAAAUCUGUUCAACCUAGCUUCCCAAAGAUUAAAGGUCACAAAAAAACAAAAUCAAGAAAUAAAAAUAAAAACAAAAAACCAGCUCAAAAGGAAGAGAGUGAAAGUGCCACUAAUCAAUUCAGAGAUUCUUUAUUUACAAAAUUAUACGAAAGGGAAAUAUCUGCAGAAAAUAAUAUAAUUUUACAAUGUUUUAGAUUUUUUGCAAAUAAACUAAAAGAAUAA